GGGAUGGCAGUUAAAGAAAUUAUCUUUAUUUUAUAAACGGAGCAGGUAAAUAUGUUAGAACGUGUUUUGCUAAAACAGUUCUAGUAAAAUCUUGGAUAGCUUCCAUAUGUUCUACUACUUCAAGUGUUUAUUGUUGUAAUAGAGUAGUCCACCACAGAGCAGUACCCUGCAGGACCCAAACCAGUUCUUAGUUUUCUUUUAUUUGCUCUAUUUCUUCUGUUAAAAUAUUUGUAUCUGAAUUGCAAAACAUUGUGCAAGUACAGAAUACCAUAUCAGUUACCUUCCCCUUUUUCUUCUAAAUAUGUGGCUGCUCCCUUCUGUAUUUCCUUUCUUUCCUGUGUUUAGACUGGGAUGGUAGCCAGAAGCCCUCUAAGCCGCAGGGCGGCCUGAUUUUCUCUUCUAUAUAGUGUAGCUCCCUAACAAACCCCUCCUCAUUAGACCCAGUAAGCAGGCAAACCAAUAGAAAGUGUGAAGAGUAUGGACAAAAGGUGUUUCUUUAUCCCAGUUGGUCAAAGGGGACAGAAAAUACCUCCCACUAUUGAGACUAACUGAAGAGAGUCAGAUGAAUACUAGGUUCCCAGACUGAUAUUCUUACAGAGUAAGAGUUUAAAAAUUAUGAAAUCAAGAGUUGCUCAGGAAAACUACUACAGGUUUGUGGGGUAUUUUUGGCUAAUGAGGCCUAUAUGUAGUGUGUUUCUAUCUAUUUUUCUUUUUUAAUAAGUAUAUGUAUUUGGGAUAGAUUCUGGUCUAGUAGCUAUACUAUGGGGCUAGCCAUCUGCAUAGCAGGCCUAGGAAGAGGAUGGCGUUACUUUGUUGUUGUAGCCUAUAGGGCUGGCUUGCAUUAUUGCUGAAUGUAAUAAAGGCAAGGAACAUACAGGUCUGUAUCCUGUAAGACUGGCUCUCAACCUUUCCACACUAUUGUACGCCUUUCAGGAGUCUGAUUUGUCUUGCGUACGCCAGGCUUCACGUCACUUUAAAAACUACUAGCUUACAAAAUCAGACAUAAAAAGACAAAAGUGUCACAGUGCACUAUUACUGAAAAAUUGCUUGCUUUCAAAUUUUCAAGUCAUUGUAUGAAAUUUUAGUUUGUAUUGACUUUGCUAGUGUGUUUUAUGUAGCCUGUUGUAAAACUAAGCAAAUAUCUAGAAGAGCUGACUUACCCCCCUGAAAGACCUCUGCAUACCACCUGGGGUAUAUGUACCCCUGGUUGAGAACCACUGCUGUAAGAUAUUAGCUUAAACAAGUUAACAUAAGUAUAGUAGGUCUGCCACCUUUGGCGUAGAUAAAUGGCCUGAUGGCUAUCCUUAGAUUUUGGGGAACUAGGAAUAGCUUGCUUCGUGGCAGGAAUUGAAACCUAAUGGUAAAUGGCAAUCAAAGGAACAUGGAAAUGAUAACCGCCAACCUGCUUGAGCAAGAAGUGACGGAUAUGACAGUUAGCUAAAUGGCAUUAAUAUGUAUUAAUAUCCUAAGCUAUAGGAAAAGUGCACCCCAAUAUCUUGAGGGUGAGGAAGUUAGACUUGGGCAUGGAAGGCUGAGCAUUAGCUUAGGGCAAACCAGCAUGUUGAAUUAGUGUAUUUUUCCAUCAUUUGAUCCUUCAGCUCUAUUGUUAUUGUAGCCUACAGGGCUAGUCUGCUUGCCUGCCUAUAUAGCUUUUCUUAUGGGUUUCUUAUUUUUUUGUGGGUUUGAUUAUUUGUUUUAUUAUACUAGGUUUAUAGAUUUAUAUUAGAGUAUUUUUGGCUGUAACAUAAGGGACCUACAGGCCACAUCCUGUAUGCGGAGCUAAGGCAAAGUUAGCGUACAUAUGUUUGGGACCUUUCACCUAGAUAGGUGGUGAUGAGCUAAACCAUAAGGUCCAUAUAUGGUUGCGACCUUUAAUGUAGAUAAAGGAUGCAUUGAAGCAGGUUGGCAUAGGAGAGCUACCUAAGUUCAUACCCUCUUUAAACUUAACAAGUACACCACAAAGAACUUGGAAAUAACCGGUUAGGACGGAAAUAACAAAUGUGAGAAUGAGCUAAUGUCAUUAACAUGUAUGUGUGUCAUCAGUACGUACGAACAUACCCGCCUCUGGAGCAAGUGUACCCUGGCAUCUUGUGGGGGAGGAAACUAAGUUUAGACAUAGAAGGAGGGCUCAAGUGUUCAAGCUCUGUAAGAGGAGUGACCCACUGUGCCAAGGAAGCUUCUUCAUUCUUAGUUUAUUAUCCUUUUGUUUAUUAGUCUGUUAGUUCUUAAUUGUAAGUUUUACGUCAGUGAGUUAAGUAAAACUCUAAGUUAGCUUCUUUAGUCUUCUAUAGCUCUUAGCUCUUUAGCUUCUCCUAAGCAAUGCACCUCCCACUCCUGAAUUGAGGAACCUGGACCUGAACUCUCUUGAUAUGCCAGAGGCAAGGCAGGUCCUUUGUCUCAUACCAGGUUAUCAAGGAAGGGUGUGAGUAUAUUAAUCAAAAGCUUUAUAGUGCAUAAUAUCACAUGUAUCUCUAGAACAAUAUUAUUUCCUUUGUAACUCUGAUUAUUUUAUCAUUUGAUUACUAUUUGAUUCCUAUUCCAUUUAUCUCAAUAAAAGUCUUUAAGGCUACAUUUGUCUCAGUGUGAGCAUCCUUGUCGUAUAUCCCAAGUGUCCUUGCAAACUCUGUGUAGCCUGGUUCUGGGACAAGAACCUUAUUAUCUUCUAAUCAGAUUAACUGGUGAGCCUAUAACCCAGAUUAUCUAAAAUGAUAAUAUUAACCUCCUUAAAUCAGGCAACACUGUCUACCAUCCAUCUCGGGCAUUGAGAAACUUGGACCAUCAGAUUCGUUUGGCAUGCCAGAGGCAGGGCUGGUCCUUUGUCUCUCACCACCAGGUCCUCAAGGAAAGGUGCAAGUGGGAUCCGUCCUGUGACUGACUAACUUUCUGGAAGAGUGAAGCACAUUAUAGGCUGAUUAGAGGCUCAGUAAUCACUGGUACCUAUUCUGCCCUGGGUUCUAGUGGCCAAAGAAGAAGCAGUGAGGUCACUUAAAUACAGAGACCAACGGCAUCAUGGAAGACAGCUCUCCACAUUCCUCUGGGUUUGGUGUAUAUCCUAAUCAUAAAGUGACUCUUGUUAAUGAUACAAUCCACAGGACUAAAAGGCCCUUAGACUUGCUGGAGGAGGAUCAGCCCCUGCAAUCAGCUGCUAAGAAACGGUGCCACUUGAGUAAUUAUUGUAGCACUCCAUGUCCAUCAAAGAAACUACCACUAUGCUCCCCAGAUUCUGCCUGCUUCCCUGGCUGUCUGGAUGAUACUGAGCUGGAGAACAUUGUCAUCAGAGUUAGUCUUCCAGAAGACAGUGCGGUAGCCCUUUCUGUGGAUACAACUAGAUGUUUUGAUGAUAGUGAGCCAGAUGACUCUUUGCUGGAACCCUCAGAUGAUGAGCAAGGGAACUCUCCCUUCAAUUAUACCGAGGAAGAGUGUAGGGAAAUGUUAGCAGAUGAUUGCUUAGGAGAUGACCAGAACUCCCCUGGAGAGAGUGCUUUAGUGACUCUAGAUGUAUGGGGGCAAAGUGAGAAGGAAGUGAGUAGCAACUGUAGUUGGGCAUCAGUCCCCCCUGAAGGCACAGAGACAUCAUUCAGGACCAUAGAUGAGUUAGUAAGUAACGAGUCUCUAUCUCAGGCUGGCUCUUCAGUUAAUACUGGAUAUUUUCGAAUUCUUGAGAAUGAAACAGCUAAUUCUGAGGUUGAAGGAUGCUUGAACAUGGACUGCUUGAAAUCAAAUCAAGUCAUUUGUACGCUAUUUGACUGUGAUCUUCAGGGGCCUCUAAAUCUUUCGCCAACUGAUGCAGAUUCAGUAGAUCAGCUGAAAGGCGAUGAUGGCUUGGAGAAAACCGGCGAAAAAGCUUCACAAGUAAUAAGAGAUGACCAUCUACAAAAUGCAAGCAAACAAAGUAUAGAGUAUGAUGAAAUCAGUUCUAAUAGCUUGGUUGUUGAAGAGUCCCUUGAGUCCCUGGUUUCUAAAGAGCAGCACAGGGGGGGCAUGGAUAAUGUGGAAAAGCUGCCAUCAGAAAUCAGAGAAUCCUCUUCCUUCUAUGAUGCGCACACGAAAUUUUCCACAUCCUCUCCUGACCCUGCCUGUAGUCAAAGUAAGGACAAAGUGGAGAAUAUAGCACCUGUACUGCUACUGCAUCCAAAACCCUCUAAUGUCGUCUUAAAUCAGGACCCUUCCAAUGGAUUAUCAGGGACCUUUGGCUCCCAAAAGGAAGAUUUGAGCCAGGAAUCCACGUCUGUUGAAGAAUCAUCAGAGAAUCUUAAAUUAAACUCUGUAGUCUUAGACCAGAACUGUGGGGAAGCCACUACCUGUGGGAAGAAGCUAGGCAAAGUCAUUCCUGUGCCACAGGUGGAAGAAAGAUUUGCUGCUCCCUUCCCUCCACCUGCUUCAGCUCUGAGUCUCACUCCAAUCAGACUUUGGUGCUUCCUGCCAUUGUCACUCCUCAACUUUCCGUAGGUCACUGCUAAUGGGAGACAAGCAUCCCCUCCUCCCACAGGCUGAGAGCAGACUUGUCAGCUGUCCUGCUCCUAGGAGUGGCUUGCCAGAUCUCCUUCUUACAACUGGUGUGUCCAAAAGAAUAGUGCUAAAAGGACCUUCCAUCUGUAUUCGCCACACAGGAAAUCAUGGUGCUGUUUGUUACAUGGAGCCUUGCUUGACAGGUACUUCAGAAAAAUUAACUUUCUUUUUCUUUUUU